GUCGUCACUGUUUGUUAAUAUUUAUUUUAUGGUGUUUGGUAGAUUUUGUGUAUCAGUUUAUGGCGCGAAUCAAAUUAUUUUUCUGAAUUUAGUGAUUUUGCGGGUGCACUUUUCAUCAUGCCUGCAGUUUUAAAGCAUAUUGAAGUUGAUAACUUUAAAUCUUAUAAAGGAAAACUUAUAAUUGGUCCAUUGAAACCGUUUACAGCGGUAGUGGGACCAAAUGGAUCCGGAAAAUCGAAUUUCAUGGACGCUAUCAGUUUUGUUAUGGGUGAAAAAACAAGCAGUUUACGAGUAAAAAGAUUUAGUGAACUUAUUCAUGGAGCAUCUAUUGGAAUGCCAGUUGCUCGAAGUGCUUCAGUAACAGCUGUAUUUUUACUUGAGGACGGUAAUGAAAAGAGUUUUAUGCGUUCAGUGCAAGGCUCUUCCUCCGAACAUCGUAUAAAUGGAAGUGUUGUAACCAGUCAGACAUAUUUAUCGGAAUUGGAACAAUUAGGAAUAAACGUAAAGGCAAAAAAUUUCCUUGUAUUCCAAGGUGCUGUCGAAUCAAUAGCUAUGAAAAAUCCAAAAGAAAGAACUGCAUUAUUUGAAGAAAUUAGCAAUUCCGGUUUAUUGAAAGCUGAAUACGAACGAUUACGAACAGAAAUGUUACGGGCAGAGGAAGAAACACAAUUUUCUUACCAAAAGAAAAAAGGUAUCGCCGCUGAAAGGAAGGAAGCAAAACUUGAGAAAGAGGAAGCCGAAAAAUAUCAGCGCUUAAAAGAAGAAUACGGAGAAAAACAAAUCGAAUUGCAACUCUUUCGUUUAUUCCACAAUGAGAAAGAAAUCGAGAAUUUAGAAGUGACGCAAAAGAAGAAACAACACGAGGUGGAAAAAAUCGAGAAAAGACGCGAGAAAGCCGAGGAAGUGUUGAAAGAUAAAAAGAAAGAGUCUGGCAAGCUAGGAAGAGAUCUCGCAAAAAUUGAACAGGACAUUCGUGAAAUGGAAGUCGAAAUAACAAAGAAGAGACCAACAUUCAUUAAAGCAAAAGAACGCGUUGCGCAUAUGCAGAAAAAAGUUGAAUCUGCCCGUAAAUCAUUGGCACAGGCAAGAAUCGCCGAUGAGGCGCACAAGAAAGAUAUAAACGAAUUACAGGAGGAAUUACGUCAAGUUGAGGAAGCAAAGGCCACUUAUGAGGCAAGCAUUGCCGGUCAAUCACAAUCGCAAGGCAGAGACGUUCAACUUGAAGACGAACAAGUUCGGGAAUAUAAUCGUCUGAAGGAAGAAGCAGGGAAACAAUCGGCGAGAUAUCUUCAAUUACUUGAUUCCAUUAAUCGUGAGCAAAAGUCGGAUCAAGAUAAACUUGAUAAUGAGGGGCGAAAGAAAACUGAUAUUGAAAAUAAAAUAAAACAAAAGAGACAUAUGCGAGAUGAGGCAGUGAAGAGAGUUGAGAAAUUGGAGGAACAUAUUAGAACAUCCGAAGCCGCUUUAGAGGAGCAAAAGAAAAUGAGGACCGACUUGCAAAGUGAUGUUGGAACAUCGAAGGAUAAAAUUCAAAAUCUUCAACGUGAAUUGGAAAAUAUUUCCGAGCAAUUGGGAGAUGCGAAAGUUGACAAGCACGAAGUGUCAAGAACUAAGAAGAAGACGGAAAUUGUUGAGAAUUUCAAGAAACUCUUUCCUGGAGUCUAUGAUCGAAUGUAUAAUAUGUGCGAACCAAUUCACAAACGGUACAAUGUCGCAAUUACGAAAGUUCUUGGAAAAUAUAUGGAAGCUAUUGUUGUGGAUACAGAGAAGACCGCUAGACAAUGUAUUCAAUAUUUGAAGGAGCAAUAUCUCGAGCCGGAAACAUUUUUACCCUUAGAUUACAUUCAGGCGAAACCUCUCAAAGAACGUCUUCGAAACAUUCAAGAGCCAAGAAAUGUCAAAUUACUUUACGACGUACUUCGUUUUUCGCCAAAGGAUAUUGAUAGAGCUGUUCUUUUCGCGACGAAUAAUGCUCUCGUUUGUGAAACUCCCGAAGACGCUAAUAAAGUCGCUUACGAAAUGGAUAAAAAAGCCCGAUACGAUUGUGUCGCUCUCGAUGGAACAUUUUAUCAAAAAGCCGGUAUUAUUUCCGGUGGUAGUUUGGAUUUGGCAAAAAAAGCCAAAAGAUGGGACGAAAAACAAAUGGCACAACUCAAAUCACAAAAGGAACGAUUAACAGAAGAAUUGAGAGAAAUGCUUAAAAAAUCACGUAAGGAAUCUGAACUUAACACUGUUGAGUCACAAAUUCGAGGUUUAGAAACACGUUUGAAGUACAAUAAAAGCGAUUUAGUUGCUACCAAAAAACAAAUUUCUGAAUUGGAAACUGAAUUGAAUAAACUACAAGGUGAAAUGGAUAAAUUCGGGCCAAAAAUUACCGAAAUUGAGAAUACAAUGUCCGAGAGAGAUCAGAAAAUACAAAACGUUAAGGAGAAAAUGAAUAACGUCGAAGAUGACGUAUUUGCAAGUUUCUGUGAACAAAUUGGCGUUUCAAAUAUUCGUCAAUACGAGGAACGUGAAUUGAGAUCUCAGCAAGAACGUGCGAAAAAACGUAUGGAAUUUGAGAAUCAGUGUAAUCGAAUUUACAAUCAGUUGGAUUUUGAGAAACAACGCGAUACAGAAAGUAAUGUAUUAAGAUGGGAACGUGCGGUUCAAGACGCUGAGGAUAAAUUAGAAUCGGCACGACAAACGGAAUCAAAUCAAAAGGCAGAAAUAGAAAAUGACGAGACGCAAAUGGAAAAAUUGAAAUCACAACGAACUGCGAAAAAAAUGGAAGUUGAUUCUAAAGAUGAAGAAAUUGGUAAAUGUCGUCGGGAAGUUGGUUCAAUAACUAAAGACAUUCAAGCCGCACAAAAGCAACUGAAUUCCGUGGAAAAUAAAAUCGAACAAAGAAAAGCCGAGAGACAUAAUAUUCUCAUGAAUUGCAAGAUGGAGGAUAUUGCAAUUCCGAUGCUUUACGGAAAUAUGGAGGAUAUUGCUGGCGAGACAAACAAUGAUACAACAAAUGAUGCGAAUGUUAGUACACAACAACAAUACGAGCGUGAGAGUAGAAUUACAAUUGAUUAUUCUUCACUCUCGGAUCAUUGGAAAGAUAUCGAUGAAGAUGAUUAUAAAAAGAGUUACGAUAAAUUAAAUAAAUCUAUCAACGAUCUUCAGAAUACAAUCCAACGUAUUCAAGCUCCGAACAUGAAGGCGAUUCAAAAAUUAUAUUUGGCUAAAGAGAAACUACACGAGACAAAUGAAGAGUUCGAGCAAUCGCGUAAAAAGGCGAAAAAAGCAAAAACACAAUUCGAAAAAGUAAAGAAGGAACGACACGACAGAUUUAUGGCAUGUUUCGAACACGUUGCUAACGAAAUUGAUCCUAUUUAUAAGAGUUUGGCAAAAAAUCAAUCUGCCCAAGCAUUCUUGGGUCCGGAAAAUCCAGAAGAGCCUUAUUUGGAUGGAAUUAAUUAUAAUUGUGUUGCUCCUGGUAAACGAUUCCAGCCAAUGUCUAAUCUUUCGGGAGGAGAGAAAACUGUUGCUGCAUUGGCUUUAUUGUUUGCAAUUCACAGUUUCCAACCGGCGCCGUUCUUCGUAUUAGACGAAAUAGAUGCGGCUUUGGAUAAUACAAACAUUGGAAAAGUUGCCAGCUAUAUUAGAGAUAAAACAAGUUCACUUCAAACCAUCGUUAUUUCUCUAAAGGAAGAAUUUUACUCUCAUGCCGAUGCUCUUAUUGGUAUCUGUCCUGACGUUGGAGAAUGUCUAGAAAGCAAAGUAUUGACACUAGAUUUGACAACAUUUCCCACUCACAUUUAAUAUCUAUUUUAUAAUUUGAACAUUCUUUUUUUUGUUUUUUGUCUUUAAUUUUUCAAAUGUAUUUACUUAACACUUGUAUGGUCAAAGAGAAGAAUAAUUGUAAGUAAAUAUUGAACUUUUUCAAAAA